AUGUCCCGCGUUGCUGGCAUCGUGUGCGCUGUCUCCCUGGCCCUGUACGGUGCCAGCUGCUUCAUCGUGCCUACCACUCUGCCCAAGGGCGCACCUCAGACCGAGUCGGGUGCUGUGGUGGGACAGCCAAGCGCCAUCAACGGCACCCCCGAGUCAGCCUCCUGGAGCCCGCUUGCUGUCGGUGCAGCCCUGGGUCUCUUGAUCGCCGUGGCCACUGGCCGACCUGCUCUCGCCGCGGACCUGGAGAACGGUGAGGCCAUCUUCAACGGCAACUGCACUGCCUGCCACGAAGCUCUUGUCCAGUACGGCAAGUACGACGUCCAGGCCAUCAUCACCCAGGUGACCAACGGCAACGGUGCCAUGCCUGCUUUCGGCGAGAAGCUGGGACCCGAUGACAUCGAGGAUGUGGCCAACUACGUCUACAACAAGGCUGACAAGUGGUUGCCAGAGGUUGCCAGCGAGGCACGCAUUUCACACUGCGUUUGGCUGUUGCUAGGGACAAUUUGUAGCCUCAAUCUCAGCACAAAGACCAUGUCCCGCGUUGCUGGCAUCGUGUGCGCUGUCUCCCUGGCCCUGUACGGUGCCAGCUGCUUCAUCGUGCCUACCACUCUGCCCAAGGGCGCACCUCAGACCGAGUCGGGUGCUGUGGUGGGACAGCCAAGCGCCAUCAACGGCACCCCCGAGUCAGCCUCCUGGAGCCCGCUUGCUGUCGGUGCCGCCCUCGGUCUCUUGAUCGCCGUGGCCACUGGCCGACCUGCUCUCGCCGCGGACCUGGAGAACGGUGAGGCCAUCUUCAACGGCAACUGCACUGCCUGCCACGCCGGCGGAAAUAACUCCAUUGUGGCCGAAAAGAAGCUCAAGAAGGAAGCUCUGGUCCAGUACGGCAAGUACGACGUCCAGGCCAUCAUCACCCAGGUGACCAACGGCAACGGUGCCAUGCCUGCUUUCGGCGAGAAGCUGGGACCCGAUGACAUCGAGGACGUGGCCAACUACGUCUACAACAAGGCUGACAAGUGGCCACAGCUGGCUGCCUAUGUAGCUCUCGGAAAGGUUGCCAGCGAGGCACCCGGUUCACACUCACCGGAGUUCCAUGCUGUCAUGGGCGUUUGGCUGUUGCUAGGGACAAUUUGUAGCCUCAAUCUCAGCACAAAGACCAUGUCCCGCGUUGCUGGCAUCGUGUGCACUGUCUCCCUGGCCCUGUACGGUGCCAGCUGCUUCAUCGUGCCUACCACUCUGCCCAAGGGCGCACCUCAGACCGAGUCGGGUGCUGUGGUGGGACAGCCAAGCGCCAUCAACGGCACCCCCGAGUCAGCCUCCUGGAGCCCGCUUGCUGUCGGUGCAGCCCUGGGUCUCUUGAUCGCCGUGGCCACUGGCCGACCUGCUCUCGCCGCGGACCUGGAGAACGGUGAGGCCAUCUUCAACGGCAACUGCACUGCCUGCCACGCCGGCGGAAAUAACUCCAUUGUGGCCGAAAAGAAGCUCAAGAAGGAAGCUCUUGUCCAGUACGGCAAGUACGACGUCCAGGCCAUCAUCACCCAGGUGACCAACGGCAACGGUGCCAUGCCUGCUUUCGGCGAGAAGCUGGGACCCGAUGACAUCGAGGACGUGGCCAACUACGUCUACAACAAGGUUGCCAGCGAGGCACCCGGUUCACACUCACCGGAGUUCCAUGCUGUCAUGGGCGUUUGGCUGUUGCAGGGGACAGUUUGUAGCCUCAAUCUCAGCACAAAGACCAUGUCCCGCGUUGCUGGCAUCGUGUGCGCUGUCUCCCUGGCCCUGUACGGUGCCAGCUGCUUCAUCGUGCCUACCACUCUGCCCAAGGGCCCACCUCAGACCGAGUCGGGUGCUGUGGUGGGACAGCCAAGCGCCAUCAACGGCACCCCCGAGUCAGCUUCCUGGAGCCCGCUUGCUGUCGGUGCAGCCCUGGGUCUCUUGAUGGCCGUGGCCACUGGCCGACCUGCUCUCGCCGCGGACCUGGAGAACGGUGAGGCCAUCUUCAACGGCAACUGCACUGCCUGCCACGCCGGCGGAAAUAACUCCAUUGUGGCCGAAAAGAAGCUCAAGAAGGAAGCUCUUGUCCAGUACGGCAAGUACGACGUCCAGGCCAUCAUCACCCAGGUGACCAACGGCAACGGCGCCAUGCCUGCCUUCGGCGAGAAGCUGGGACCCGAUGACAUCGAGGACGUGGCCAACUACGUCUACAACAAGGCUGACAAGUGGUGA